AUGUACGAGCGGAGCACAGAGAAGGGAUCCGUGUGGGUCACCAUGAAGCGAUCGACUCUCAAGGGCAAGGCACAGUUGCAGAAGAUGGAGAAGAAGGGGCAGGAGGUAGAGCACCGGUGCCUCAUCCGUGCCUCUGAUGGCAAGAAGAGCAUCUCCACCUCGGUCUCUCUAAAGGAGUACGCAAAGUUCCAAGCUUCAUACGCAACAGUUCUUAAGGCCCAUAUGCACGCUCUGAAGAAAAGGGAGAGGAAAGACAAGAAGAAGGCUGCAGAUGUUGAGAAGGCAAUCGAGACCGCACCCAAGAAGCAGAAGAAAGCAUCUUCAAAGAAAACUUCGGGGUCCAAGUCAUAA